UUGUACUAGUAUAAAUUAAGAUAGAUGUAAGGCCUGUUGUCAUUGUGCAUAUCUAGCAAUGGCAGGUCCAAAUUCAAUUACAUUAAAAUUAUCACUAUUGUUAAUUGUUAUAUAUGCAUGUGAGGCUACAGAGAAUACAGAUUUUUAUGGUACAGUAACCGUUAUAAUUAGUAAUGGAUUGGCUGUACCUCCAACUCCCACAACUAUGACUCUUCAUUGCCAAUCCAAAGAUGAUGAUCUUGGAUUUCACACACUCGGUUUUGCAGAAAGUUACCAGUUUUCAUUUAAGCCAGAAUUUACAGUAUUUAAGAAUACAUUAUUUUUUUGUAGUUUUACAUGGCCUGGAAACCCACUUCGUCAUUAUCUUGAUAUUUACUCUGAAAAACGAGAUCUAGAUAGGUGCAGAACAUGUAAAUGGAAAAUAGUGAAUGAUGGUGGUUGUUUGUAUAAUAAGGUUAGUGGUUUGUAUAAUAUAUGUUAUCCUUGGAAAAGUGUCCAAGAAAUUGCUGCAAACAGUACUCAGAUUUAACUUUCUGUUGUUUCAGACAAUUGAAAUAAUGUCAACCAAAGAUUUAUA